UCAAUCCUCAUUCAGAUCUAAACUGGUAGAGUUUCUGCUCCAUCGUCCCUUCUUUUACACUGCAAACCGGACCGGUUCAAGAACAUCGUCGAGUUCUUCACCGCCGCGAUCUCAGCCGUCAGAUACAUCGAUCUGAGCUAGCAUCCCAAUCCAGACUGUGCUGCAGAUUUUGUCUUCUUCAGGUGCCUGUAGCAGUAAUGUUUGGGAUUUAAUUAGAGAUGGCUAUUGCUGCUUAUGCGUCAGUGGUUUCUCUUACCCACAUCAUCGACAAUGUUCAUUACCGUGCUCAGCAUUCUCUCAUUCAUGUGGACAAAAGACAUAUUGAAUCUCUUCAAGACAAUGCCAAUUGCUUGUUGAAAUUUGUGGAGAUUAAUUCAAGAAGAAAGGACCAAAAGAUAGAAGCUCUGUGGCCACAAAUAUCUAAACUUUGUUUUGAGGCAGAAGAUAUUUUCGACUUACAUGUAACCAGUCAGCUUGAGAUUGCUUCUCAGGGAGAAAAUGGUGAUAUGGGCCAGAAAGCUUUCUGUGAAGAUCUGGACAGCAUAAUCGAAAAGAUUGACAUAAUCAAGAGAGAGUUGUCGAUGGUCGAAGAGGUAGGGGAUGAUCAAGUCCAAGUUGAAAAACAAAGAAGGAGUUCUGAUGGUAUUGGUGGUUCUUCAACUGAGGCUUCUUCGAAUGGAAAGAAUACUAUAGUGGGACUUGAUGAGGAUGUGGUGAAGAUUAAGGGUGAACUGGCUAGAGAUGAGGCGAACCUUCAAAUUGUUCCGAUCGUUGGGAUGGGAGGUAUUGGCAAGACUACACUUGCUAGAAAAGUUUAUGAAGAUAAAUACGUGCUUGAGCGCUUUGAUGUGCGCAUUUGGCUUACGAUUUCUCAGGAGUAUAGCAUGGAAGAGAUCCUUCGUGGUCUUAUAGAUAAUGGGAUCGUUGAAAUGAAUGGUGGAAAUAUUGAUGGACCUGGAGAAGCAUUGUAUAAGAAGUUGUAUGGCAGAAGAUACUUGAUUGUUAUGGAUGACAUAUGGAGUUUGGAAGCUUGGUAUGAUUUGAGGAGGUUCUUUCCAAAUAAUGGAAAUGGAAGUCGGAUUAUGAUGACCACUAGGAUUGUCAAUGUUGCUGGUUCUUUAGGCUCACACAACCCUCAUUCGAUGGCAUUUCUAAAUGGGAGAAAGAGUUGGAUUUUGUUUUGUCAAACUAUAUUUGGAGAAGAUGAUUGUCAAAAUCCAGAGUUGGCGAAAAUUGGAAGGAGAAUCGUAAAAAGUUGCCAGGGACUUCCGUUGGAAAUUAUUGUUGUAGGGGGGCUUCUUGCAAAGUCUGGCACGAGGAAAGAUUUUUGGCAAUCAGUCGCGGAAAAUGUAAGUUCUUUUGGUAAUGCAAGUGAUGGCGAACAUUGCUUGAAGAUAUUACUUUUGAGCUAUAAUAAUCUGCCUUUGUAUCUCAAGCCGUGUUUCCUCUAUAUGAGAAUUUUUCAAGAAGAUGCUGUAAUUAAUGUCUCCGGACUAAUAAGAUUGUGGGUUUGA